CAAGAGUAGAUGCAUCUUUAAGGGAGAGGGAGAAAGAGAGAGAGAGAGCGUAAUAACGCGCCACCAUCCAUUAAACCAACCUUUCUCUGUAUGCGUGUGGAAAAAUUUCUCUUCCAUUUGCUUUCUUUCCAGAAAGCCAAUAUUAUUUAGCUGCCUUUGCUUCUCUUUUUGUGUUCCCAAAUUCAAUUUGCCAUUUCUUUCUCCACAUAAAGAUAGCUUUCUACUCCUCCACUCAAAAGCACGGACCAAACCCAUCUUUUCUUGACCAUAAAUAUAUAAAUAAACAUCUUAAUCCUCUCUUCAUUCCUUACUAAUCUCUCUCUUUUCUCAGAAAAAAUGGGUAAUUGUUUAGCUUCUUGUAGACCCAUCAAAGUUCCUCGAGGCAAAGUUCUUCAGGUUGUGAAGACAGAUGGGAAGACGUUAGAAUUCAGCUCUCCAGUUCUUGUGAAGGAUGUGUUGGUGAACUUUUCUGGGUCAGGUAUUGGUCUAUCAAAGGAAGCUGCAGAGCAUCUCCCACUUGAUUAUGAGCUUAAGUUGGGCCAAGUUUACUACAUUCUGCCAUCUCUGAGAUCAGUUGAAACGAUUUCUUCUGCUCAGACAGCAGGUGGUGUCAAGAGGAUCAAAGUGGUUAUUACAAAGCAACAGCUUAAGCAGUUACUUACAGAGCAGGUUUCUGUUGAAGAGCUGGUUCUUUCGAGACUCGAGAAGACAAGUUUUUCUCUUGAUUCUCCAAGAAAUUGGAAGCCAAAGCUGGAGUCCAUCCCUGAAGGAUGCGAGUGAUUACAGCUGAAUUUGAUUGUAUAGUUUAUAAGGUAUCUGAUUGUUCUCCUAUUUGGCUCAUGUAAUUCUACAAAUUAAGUUUAAAGCUCACGCAAACUCUGAAA